AUUGAAUAUUCACCUGUAUUAGUAUUACUCGACACUGCAUCUGCAUCCAUCUCUAGAUUCUCCGCUAAUGGAGAUUCAAGCCCUUUUCAUACUCACCGCCGCCUGCUUCGGCUUCAUCAAUCUCUCAAAAUUCCUACUAAAAAUCCUCGUAUCGCUAUGGGCCGCGUUCAUCCGGCCGGAAAAAGAUCUGAGAUCGUACGGCUCCUGGGCCGCCAUCACCGGCUCAACCCAGGGCAUCGGGAGAGCCCUAGCUUUCGAGAUCGCGGCGAGAGGCCUCAACCUCGUGCUGAUCGACCUCAACCCUUCGACGCUGGAGGCGACGUCGCGAGAGAUCCGGCGGAAACACGGCGGGAUCGAGGUGAAAACCGUCGCGAUCGACUUCGCCGCCGGCUGCCGAGCCGGGGAGGAGAUCGCGCGGGCUGUGGCGCGGGAGAUCAAGGGUUUGGAUUUGGGGAUUUUGAUCAACAACGCCGGGAUGGCCUAUCCGUACGCGAGAUUCAUGCACGAGGUGGAGGACGGCCUGAUGGAGAGCGUGGUCGGAGUGAACGCCGCGGCGGCGACGUGGGUUGCGAGGGCGGCGGUGGCGGAGAUGCUGGGGAGGGGGAGAGGCGCCGUCGUGAACAUCGGCUCCGGCUCUUCCGCUUACGUUCCGUCGUACCCGCUUUUCACGGUUUACGCCGCCACGAAAGCAUAUGUGGCGAUGCUGUCAAAAAGCAUGAGUUUGGAGUAUAAACAACAUGGGAUUAAUGUGCAGUGCCAGAUCCCAAUGUUCGUGGCAACAAAAAUGACCUCUAUAAAGAAACCAUCACUAUUCAUUCCAUCUGCAGAGACAUACAGCAAGGCCAGCAUGAGAUGGAUUGGCCAAAAUGAUCCAAUCUGCAUACCUUAUUGGCCUCAUGCUCUGCAGGCCCUCAUCAUCUCCUUCCUCCCACACCAACUUCUUGACAGCCUUCUCUUUAGAUUUUUCCUCGGGAUGCGGGCCCGCGGGCGGAGGAAGGACGAGAAAAUGGGACAUUUAGUCGAUAAGAGCUCGUUCAAGCUCGAGUCAGUUGAACUUAAUUGAAUUUUUGGGGGCUUGUUCGAGCUCGACUUGAUAUUAUUGGAUUUUUGGAAUUAUAAUGAAGUUGGAACUUCUAUAUUAUAGUUUUGGAUACUCUACUCAUUGAUUUGAUGCUAUUCAUACUCGUGCUCUUUCAAAUUA